GUUCUGAUGUGGUUUGGGAGACAAAACCCAAGAAGAAGUCGAGAUGGAGACCAAUGAGUGUUAAGCAGACUGAUAAAUUAGAACAAGAAUUUAAAGAAUACAGUGAGCUGACACCUUCAGAAAAUAAGAUUGUUGAGUUGGAAUCAAAUGUUUUGGUAUGCUUAACUCCUAAUGGAAUGAACAUGAAAAUUCAACAACCAAAUGAGAUUCCUAUCAGAAGAAAUUAUCUCCCAGCUUUAAAAGUAGAAUACAGUUCAUCUGCACAUCAGAAGUCUUUCAGAAUUCAAAUUUACAGGAUACAGAUACAAAACCAGAUUCCUGGAGCCAUAUUUCCCUUUGUGUUCUAUCCUAUUAAACCUCCAAAGUCCAUCACCUUGGAUUCAGCACCAAAACCAUUUACUGAUGUCAGUAUUGUCAUGAGAACUGCAGGACAUUCACAAAUAUCUCAUAUUAAGUAUUUUAAGGUCCUGAUUCAAGAGAUGGAUCUCAGAUUAGAUCUUGGCUUCCUGUAUGCAGUGGUUGAAUUCUUUACGCAGACUGAUGUGCCAAGUGACCAAGAGCUAGAACUUUUCAGAAAGGAUGUUGAGUCUCUUCAAGAAGAACUGAUGAGUGUGUCAUCAAUGGAUACAUCACAAAUCAGCUUGUAUGAGUACUUCCAUAUCUCUCCAAUUAAGGUAUACCUUUUUCACA